AUGACCAGAAGCCCCAUGAUCAGUCGCGUCCUCGGAUCCUCGCUCACGCUUCAGUUGAGAGUUCGAUACCUUGUCCAGCUCGGUCGUUUGUGGUUGAUUCUGCUGUUGCUGCUGAUUUAUCGAGACGUCAGUCGCUACAUCCCCGUCUGUCUGUUCCAGCUCGGCGGUUUUGUUGCCCUUCUCACCCUUCCUUUCCUUGUUCGCCGACUUCUUCUUCCGUUUCGCCUCGAGCAUAUCCCGCUUCUGCUGCUUGCGAGCAUUCUUGUCCAAGCUGCCAAUGACUUGAUUCUCUUUGCCGCAGGGCCAUUUAGCCAGGGCGGCGGCCUCAUCUUCGGCGGUCCACUCGCGCGGCAGCACAGCAAAUGUCAGGUACGACGUGUGGGUCCUGACAUCAGCCUCGGCAUCCGCGUCUUCGAUGUCGGGAUCGUGUAUCGCCUUUUGAUGCUCCCGGACCCGCGCCUCGAUCUUCCUCAGCCUGGCGACCGACUCGUCAACGUCCGCUGGGGUCUGCGCCAUGCCGCGUUCGGUUGCGACAGUGAGCCCGAUCUUUUCGCGAUUGACAUUGAUGCGCUUGUUGGCGACCUCGACGGUCUCAAUGUCCAUCCAGCCCAGUUGGCGCAUUGUUGA